AUGGUCUCCUGCUGGGACACCGGGGUCCUGCUGUGCGCGCUGCUAGGCGGUCUGCUGCUCACAGGAUCUACUUCAGGUUCAAAUUUAAAAAGUCCUGAACUGAGUUUAAAUGGCACCCAGUACAUCAUACAAGUAGGCAAGAAGCUAUCUAUCAAAUGCAGGGGGAAAGCAGACCACUCAUGGUCUUUGCCUGAAACAGUGAGUAAGGAAAGCAAAAGGCUUAACAUUACUAAAUAUGCCUGUGGAAAGGGUGGCAAGCAGUUCUGCAGCACUUUGACCUUGACCACAGCCGAGGCAAACGACACUGGCUUCUACAGCUGCAAGUAUCUAUCUCCUCCUUCAAAGAACAAGCUAACAGAAUCUACAAUCUAUAUAUUUAUUAAUGAUACAAGUCGACCUUUCUUGGAAAUGCACAGUGAACUACCUGAACCGAUACUUAUGACUGAAGGAAGGGCGUUAGUCAUUCCCUGCCGGGUGUCGUCACCUGACAUCGUUGUUACUUUAAAAAAGGUUCCAUUUCAGAUUCUGAUCCCUGAUGGAGAAAGAAUAAUCUGGGACAGUAGGAAGGGCUUUUUAAUUUCAAAUGCAACAUACAAAGAAAUUGGCCUUCUGACCUGUGAGGCAACAGUCAACGGACAUUUGUACCAGACACACUAUCUCACAUAUCGACAAACCACUACAAUCUUAGAUGUCCAAAUGAGCACACCAGGCCUUGUCAAGUUACUUAGAGGUCAAACUCUGACCCUCAACUGUACUGUCACCACAUCCUUCAAUACGAGAGUUCAAAUAAACUGGACUUACCCUGGUGAAACAAAUAAGAGUGCCUCUAUAAGAAGUCGAUUUGACCAAAGCAAUCCCCAUUACAAUAUAUUCUACAGUGUUCUUACUAUUAACAAAGUGCAGAGCAAAGACAGCGGCAUUUACGCCUGUCAUGUGACAAGUGGCCCAUCCUUCAGAUCUGCGAACACCUCAGUGCGUGUAUAUGAUGAACCAUUCAUCAGCAUGAAACAUCGAAAACAGCCGGUGCUUGAAACUGUAGCUGGCAAGAAGUCUUACCGGCUAGCGAUGAAAGUGAGGGCAUUUCCCCCGCCGGAAGUGGCAUGGCUAAAAGAUGGGUUACCUCUCACGGAGAAAUCUGCUCGCUAUUUUGUUCAUGCCUAUUCGUUAAUUAUUAAAGAUGUAGCUGCUGAGGACACAGGGAAUUACACAGUCUUGCUGAACAUAAACCAGUCAAACGUGGUUAAAAACCUCACAACCACUCUCAUCGUAAACGUGAAACCCCAGAUUUACGAAAAGGCUGUGUCACCACUACCAGAACCAAUUCUCUAUCCAUUUGGCAGCAGACAAAUCCUGACCUGUACCGUUUAUGGUAUUCCUCAACCUACGAUCAAGUGGCUCUGGCGUCCCUGUAACCAUAAUCAUUCAAAAGCAAGGUAUGACUUUUGCUCCAAUAAUGAAGAGUCCUAUAUCCUGGAUCCUGACAGCCUCAUAGGAAACAGAAUUGAGAGUAUCACUCAACGCACGGCAAUCAUAGAAGGAAAAAAUAAGACCGCUAGCUCCUUGGUUGUGGCUGACUCUAGAAUUUCUGGAAUCUACACCUGCAUGGCUUCCAAUAAAGUAGGGACUGUGGAAAGAAACAUAAAGUUUUAUAUCACAGAUGUGCCAAAUGGGUUCCACGUUCACUUGGAAAAAAUGCCUACCGAAGGAGAGGACCUGAAACUAUCUUGCACAGUUAGCAAGUACUUAUACAGAGACAUCACUUGGCUUCAGCUGCGGACAGCUAACAACCGGAGCGCACACUACAGGAUCCGCAGACAGAAAACGGCCAUCACCACGGAGCACUCCGUUACGCUCCACCUCCUCAUCAAGAAUGUGUCCGUGGACGACUCGGGCACCUAUGCGUGCAGAGCCAGGAACAUAUUCACAGGGGAAGACACCCUUCAGAAGAAAGAAGUUACAGUUAGAGAUCAGGAAGCACCAUACCUCCUGCGAAACCUCAGUGAUCACACAGUGGCUGUCAGCAGCUCCACUACUCUAGACUGUCGUGCUAACGGCAUCCCUGAGCCUCAGAUCACCUGGUUUAAAAACAACCACAAAAUACAACAAGGACCUGGAAUUAUUUUAGGACCAGGAAGCAGCACUCUGUUUAUUGAAAGAGUUACAGAAGAGGAUGAAGGCGUCUAUCAUUGCAAAGCCACCAACCAGAAGGGGUCUGUGGAAAGUUCAGCAUACCUCACCGUUCAAGGAACCUCAGAAAAGUCAAAUCUGGAGCUAAUCACUCUGACGUGCACCUGUGUGGCUGCGACCCUCUUCUGGCUACUGUUAACUCUCUUUAUCCGAAAACUGAAAAGAUCUUCUUCUGAAAUAAAACCUGACUACCUAUCAAUUAUAAUGGACCCAGAUGAAGUUCCCCUGGAUGAGCAGUGUGAGCGGCUCCCGUAUGAUGCCAGCAAGUGGGAAUUUGCCCGGGAGAGACUUAAGCUAGGCAAAUCACUUGGAAGAGGGGCUUUUGGAAAAGUCGUACAAGCAUCUGCAUUUGGCAUUAAGAAAUCAGCCACCUGCCAGACUGUGGCUGUAAAAAUGCUAAAAGAGGGGGCCACAGCCAGCGAGUACAAAGCCCUGAUGACUGAGCUCAAGAUCUUGACCCACAUUGGCCACCACCUGAAUGUAGUCAACCUGCUGGGAGCCUGUACGAAGCAAGGAGGGCCUCUGAUGGUGAUCGUUGAAUAUUGCAAAUAUGGAAAUCUCUCCAACUAUCUCAAGAGCAAAAGAGACUUAUUCUUUCUCAACAAGGAUGCAGCAUUGCACAUGGAGCCUAAGAAAGAAAAAAUGGAGCCAGACGUGGAGCAAGGCAAGAAACAAAGACUAGACAGUGUCACCAGCAGCGAGAGCUUUGCAAGCUCCGGGUUUCAGGAAGAUAAAAGUCUGAGUGAUGUGGAGGAAGAGGAGGAUUCUGACGAUUUCUACAAGCAGCCCAUAACUAUGGAAGACCUGAUUUCUUACAGUUUUCAAGUGGCCAGAGGCAUGGAGUUUUUGUCUUCAAGAAAGUGCAUUCAUCGGGACCUGGCAGCUCGAAACAUUCUGUUGUCUGAGAACAACGUGGUGAAGAUUUGCGACUUUGGCCUCGCCCGGGAUAUUUAUAAGAACCCCGAUUAUGUGAGAAAGGGAGAUACGCGACUUCCCCUGAAAUGGAUGGCUCCUGAAUCUAUCUUUGACAAAAUCUACAGCACCAAGAGCGACGUGUGGUCUUAUGGAGUGCUGCUGUGGGAAAUCUUCUCCUUAGGUGGGUCUCCAUACCCAGGAGUGCAGAUGGACGAGGACUUCUGCAGCCGCCUGAAGGAAGGCAUGAGGAUGAGGGCUCCUGAGUAUGCAACUCCUGAAAUCUAUCAGCUCAUGCUGGACUGCUGGCACAGAGACCCCAAAGAAAGGCCAAGAUUUGCAGAACUUGUGGAAAAACUAGGCGAUUUGCUUCAAGCCAAUGUACAACAGGAUGGGAAAGACUAUAUCCCACUAAACGCCAUACUUACAAGAAACAGUGGGUUCACAUACUCAACUCCUGCCUUCCCUGGGGACUACUUCAAGGAAGAUAUUCCAGCUUCACGGUUUAAUUCAGGAAGUUCUGAAAAUGUCAGAUAUGUAAAUGCUUUCAAUUUCAUGAGCCUGGAGAGAAUCAAAACCUUUGAAGAACUUUCACCAAAUGUCACCUCUAUGCUUAAUGAUUACCAGGUGGACGGUAGCACUCUGUUGGCCAACCCUUUGCUGAAGCGCUUCACCUGGACUGAGAGCAAACCCAAGGCCUCGCUAAAGAUUGACUUGAGAGUAACCAGUAAGAGUAAGGAGUCGGGGCUUUCUGACCUCACCAGGCCUCGGGUUUGCCAUCCUGACUGUGGGCACAUCAACAGAGGCAAGCGCAGAUUUACCUAUGACUACUCCGAGCUGGAAAAGAAGGUUUCGUGCUGCUCUCCUCCCCCAGACUACAACUCGGUGGUCUUGUAUUCCACCCCACCUGUCUAA